UGAAAAUUUUACAUAUUUUUGAUUUCAUAUGAAUAUCUUCGUGAAUUUUGUUUUGCUCCUUCUUCUAAUUUCAUUUGUCGAAUCUGCUAAACAUAUAAAAUCGAUUAAGUUGAGUAAAAAUGUUAUUUACGACUGCAUGGAUAUUUAUAAGCAACCAUCUCUUCUUCAUCCAUUGUUGAAACAUCAUAAUGUUCAGAUGAAACCAUCAGGAUGGGAUUCUCAGUUAGAGAAUAGACUUGUAAAUAAAAGGCACAAAAAGAGAAUACAUUGUCCAAGUGGAACUGUUCCUAUCUUAAGAACCAAGAAUAAAAAUGUCUUAUAUUCUCAAGAAUACUCCAAGAAUCAUUUCAAUUUUCUCACAGCUCAGUAUCCGGGUACCCAUAUCGCGGGAGUGAGAACAGAAGGAAAGAAUAUUUACCGAGGCGUAGGAGCAAGGAUAAGUACUUAUGACUUGUCCAUUGGUAAAGAUCAAAGCUCAAGUGCUCACACUUAUGUAGCUACUCAAUCCAACGAUGACUCCAAUUCUAUUCAAGUUGGAUGGAUGAUAAAUGAAAGACUAUUUGGCAAUAAACAACCAUGGUCGUAUGGGUCAUGGCUGGGAAAACAUGGAUCAGGAUGUUUCAAUGUACAAUGUCCAGGAUUUAUUCAAGUAAAUAAAGAAAAUCCAAUAAGUGAACCUUUGUCCAAUGUUCAGGAUCCUCUCUCGUUUUCUAUUCAUCAGGAUAAGGAAACAAAAAACUGGUGGCUUACAAAUAUAAAACCAUUUGGGAUUCGAAUAGUUGUGGGAUACUGGCCAAAUGAGUUGUUUAAUGUUCUAAGAGAUGGUGCUGAUUUCGUUGGAUAUGGAGGAAUUGUUACAAGUGAUCCAAGAGGUCCAAGCCCACCAAUGGGUAAUGGUCGUCUACCAAACAUAGAUGAUCGUCUUUGGUCUGGUUCUAUUGACCAUCUUAACAUAAUAGAUUCGAACUAUACUAUUGUCGGAGCUAAUGAUAUUAAGUCAGUGCCUUUGGUGGACAGUAACAAAUGUUAUGAUGUUUACUAUAGAGGCUAUGUUGAUGAUGAUGUUGGUGUUUCUUUGUCUUAUGGUGGUCCUGGAGGCUUUAAAUGUGGCUAUUAGAUUUUUAUAUCAAGCUAGCCCUAUCGCUAGCUACUUGUUGUUGGUUACUUGGUUGUCAAGGAAAAAAAAAGAACUGAAUAAAAUACUUAAUCAUUAAAACA